CUCCAUUUAGGAAAAAAAAUACCUCUUUCUAUCAUACUUUUCCCCCAAAUAAAAAAAAUUAAAAUUAAAGAAAAUACUUUUCCAAACCCUCCUAAAACCCCCAAUUCAAACCCUCUCCUCCAAACCCCGGCGCCACAGUUCCUUCGACCAUUCCUCGCAAAUUCUAUCAGCAAACAAAAAAAGCGAAUUUAUGAUAUUUAUUCAUCUUCUUCAUCCUUUCAAUACAAUGGCAAGUAGUACUAUUAUUCAGCACCCAUUUUGAUUCUUGUUCCUCACUCCCUUAACUAAUUACAACAGCAUGAUUCUUUGGUUUUCUCUACUUCUCAAAAUAAAUUAGGGGCUUCAACUUCAAGUUCUUUCUUGGAAAAAGUUUGUUCCCUUUUCCACAAAUUACAAUAAAGAAUAGAAUAAUAGCUUGAGAUGUAAAAUGGGUAUAGAGAAAAUGAUAAAUAAUUUAUGUUUGCUUAAUUUUUCUGGGUCUUGGGUGGUUUGUAGUUUUGAGCUAACAGAUGUUGUAUAGCAUUAGUAGUGCACAACUUUUCAUACCCAUAUGCAUAUUUUUUGAAAAGAAAUCAUUUUUUUUUUUUCAUACCCAUAUUCAUAGUUCUUGAAAAAUAUCGUUUUUUUCAUAUCCAUAUGCAUAUUUCUUAAAAAAAUCAAUUUUCUCUUAAUACCCGUAUGCAUAUUUCUUAAGAAAAAUCAAUUUUUUUAUACCCAAAUGCAUAUAUCUUGAGAAAAAUAAUUUCUUUACUCCUAAAUGAGCCAAAGGACCUUUCUUUUGAAGUCUUUGUCAAUAUUUAAAGCGCAGUGUCAAUAUUCAAACAGUUUUUCAUCAAUUGCUUACAAGUCUUUUGACCUCAAGACUUGCAUUGUAUCACUUCAAUCAUGUGCCAAUGACAAGAACCUCGCAGGAGGGAAACAGGUCCAUUGCCAUAUGCUUAGAUUUGGCCAUUUAAAUUCAUCUCCGCUGCCUACUACUAGCCUUAUUAACAUGUACUCGAAAUGCAACUCGUUAUCCGAUGCGUUAUCUGUGUUCUAUGCUUCACCACUUGGUCAUAAUGUGUUUGCUUAUAAUGCUAUAAUAGCAGGAUUAAUUUCCAAUGACUUGCCUAAAAGAGCUUUUGAGUUCUAUUGCCAAAUGAGGGUAGUUGGUGUCCUGCCUGAUAAGUUCACUUUCCCCUGUGUGCUUAAGGCUUGUUGUAAUGUAGUAGAUGUGAAAAAUAUUCAUGGGUUAGUUUUUAAACUGGGUUUAGAAGUUGAUUUGUUCAUUGGCAGUUCUUUGUUGCAUAGUUAUUUGAUGUAUGGGAUGGUAGAUUUUGCGUUAGAUGUGUUUGAGGAGUUGCCAGAGAGGGAAGAUGUUGUGCUUUGGAAUGCCAUGAUCAAUGGCUAUGCUCAAACGGGUGAGUUUGGUAGUGCUUUGAUGGUUUUUAGGUGGAUGAUUGAGGAUGGGGUUAUUCCCAACAGGUUUACUAUAACGGGUGUACUUUCUGCUCUGGCAAAUUAUGGGGAAGUUUACAAUGGGAAGGUGAUUCACGGAUUUGUGAUAAAGAAAGGGUUUGAUUUGGGUGUUGCCAUUUCGAAUGCACUAAUUGACAUGUAUGGUAAAUGUCGCUGUGUUACUGAAGCUUUGGAGGUUUUUGAGAUGAUGGCGGAGAAGGAUAUAUUUUCUUGGAACUCGGUAAUUUGUGUGCAUGAACAAUGUGGUGAUCACGAUGGAACGUUGAAGCUUUUCAGAAGGAUGUUGUCUGCUGCAGUUCGUCCGGAUUUGGUGACUGUCACUACCACUCUUCCUGCUUGUGCUCAUUUAGCAGCAUUAAGACACGGUAGGGAGAUUCACGCGUACAUGAUUGUUAAUGGAGUGAGGAAAGAUGCUGAUUACAGAGAAUACGACGAUACUUACAUUGAUAAUGCAAUUUUGGACAUGUAUGCAAAAUGUGGAAGCAUGCGUGAAGCUCAACUGAUCUUUGAUAUGAUGCAUUACAAAGAUGUAGCAUCAUGGAAUAUUAUGAUUAAGGGGUAUGGCAUGCACGGAUUUGGCAUCAAGGCAUUAGAAUUGUUUUCUAAUAUGUGUAAGGCAGAACUGAGGCCUGAUGAUGUCACAUUCGUUGGCGUAUUGUCGGCUUGUAGCCAUUCUGGCCUUAUAAAACAGGGGAAAGAAUUUCUUGCACAAAUGCAGCCGAAGUAUGGUGUUGUGCCUUCUAUUGAACAUUACACCUCCGUGAUUGACAUGCUAGGUCGUGACGGGCAGCUUGAAGCUGCUUAUGAGUUGUUAUUAACAAUGCCGAUUAAGGCCAAUUCUGUUGUAUGGAGGGCAUUCUUGGCUGCCUGCCGUCUCCAUGAUAAUUCUGAUCUAGCUGAGGUUGCUGCAAAACAGGUACUUGAUCUUGAACCAGAACAUUGUGGAAGUUAUGUCAUAUUAUCGAAUAUUUAUGGACAGACUGGUCGCUAUGAAGAGGUAUUAGAGGUAAGAGACACAAUGAGGCUACAAAAUGUAAGGAAGACACCUGGUUGCAGCUGGAUUGAACUUAAUAAUGGCGUCCAUGUGUUUAUUACUGCUGAUAAGUCUCAUCCGGAAGGGAACCUUAUUUAUGCUGGAUUAAAUUCCUUAACUGCUCGAUUGCGUGAGCAUGGUUAUACACCAGACUCAGAUGCCUUCGAGAGCAGUCCAUGAAAUUCCGGACAUAUUCUUCUUCGUCCUAGAUGAGAUUCUUGAUGCACUGACUGAAAUGUGGAUUUUAUAAUAUCUCUUUGGAAAACCCUAGCCGGUGUGUAAGUUCUUUUUGCUGCUCAUGGAAACCGACUUCUAUGUAUGCUGAUGCAGUGAAAGAGCCUGAGUUAUCUGUGUGCUUUUAGAGACAAACUUCCGUCGAAGAGUUUUGAGUAUGUAGUAUGCCACAACUCUAGCUUCGACAUAGUUUAACAUGCCUAGAAAUGAUGUAUCUCAAAGAUGGGGGCGAAGUUGGAGUUUCAGUUUUUCUGCACUGUGAGAUGCUGCGCCAGUUGCUGUAAAUGGUGUACCUUUUCUCAAUAAUUUCUAAUUUGCUUUUAACAUUUUUUGAGUAAUGCCACCCUUAUCCCGUUGAUCUUAUUUAGUCGACUUCAAAUUACGUUGCUGCCCUUGUUUGGAGUUAUUUUGUUUCUGUGAUGAAGGUUAUUGUCACUUUGCCACCAAAAGUAUUUGACGGUGACCUUCCAGCUUUCUGCUUAUUCAAAUGAGCAUUUCUCUCCUAUGGAUAUUUUGGUAGCUUCUGAAAGUUUGGUUAGUAAAGAAAAGGUGUGAAAGAGUAACUUCUAAUGGAGUAGUUCGGACAAACUCUAUGGGGUUGUUUGGUGGGGAACUAGUUAUUCUUGGAUUAUAGUGACGGGAAUAUAAUACAAGGAUUAAAUAAUGAUGGAAUUAUUUAGUGGACCGAUAUACUUUUAUUGGUAGAUGUGUGGUUCGUUGGACUAGAAAUGGGAUAUACGAGGUAUAAUAUAAAACACAUGUUUGGUUUACAUUAGAUAAUUUGGGAUAACCUUUAUUUCCAAAUUUAACCUUGAUAUUUUAAAGAACUGUGGAAGAAAAGCCUUGGAGAAGGGCAUCUUUGAUAUUUUAGUGUUUUAUUCCGGGAUUGUUAUCCCACCCUCACUGUAAUAUAGGAGUUAUACCACAAUUAAUCCCACGAUUAUUAAACCUAGAUUCGAAAUUGCAAUCAAACGCGGGAUAAAAUAAUCCCGUAUUUUAUCCUGGAAUUAUUAUCCCUUAUCCCACCAACCAAAUGACCCCUGUUUUAUGGUUCAAUUUCAUGUUUUACUUUUGAGUAAAUGACAUUUUUCAUUAAUGAGGCUGUUGAGAUGGAUGUGCGGGCAUAUCAGGUUAGAUAGAAUUACAAAUGAAGUUAUCCGGGACAAGGUGGGCGUGGCCCCUGUGGAGGACAAGAUGCGAGAGGCGAGACUUAGAUGGUUCGGGCAUGUUGAGAGGAGAGACACAGAUGCACCGGUGAGGAGAUGUGAGAGGUUGGCCCUGGAGGGCCUAAGGAGAGGUAGAGGCAGACCAAAGAAGUAUUGGGGAGAGACGAUUAGGCAAGAUAUGACGUUGCUCCAACUUACUGAGGACAUGACCAUGGAUAGGAAGGUGCGGAGGUUGAGAAUAAAGGUAAAAGGUUAGGAUAGGUAGCCAAGCAUUUCCUUGUCUUUAACGGUAGUUUUAGUACACGAGUUAUUGUUGUUUGUGUAUUUUUGUAUUCCUUGACUUCUGUCGUUACUUGUUGUUGUUUUCGUUUCGGCUUUCUGAUUGCAGUACAUAGUGUUAAUUUUGUAUUUUUGCUUCAGUUUUCUAAUUGGUGUGCUUGUUGUUUCCCUUCCUUUUACCUUGCCUAAGCCGAGGGUCGACCGGAAACAACCUCUCUCCCUUCUUGAAGGAUUCGAUGGGACCGACGAUGGUUUGUGAAUUCCAGAAGCAGAGCCUGUACUCAAAGAGCAGAGCUCAAAGCUCGCUCUUGUUGAGUGAAAUUGCCAAAUUAUGCAAUUUCUGAGGGAUGGGAACCAAAUAACAACUCAUAAUUUUCUGCAACUUACAUGGAAACGGCAGCAUGAAAGUCCAGGUCUGGUUGUUUUAUCAGUUGGUUGAGCUGCGAAAUUCAAAAAUCUGUCCAUCACUACUGAAGAACAUUUCUCUCAUAUGGAAAUCCUUGUUUCCAGUUUGCUAUUGUAAAAUGCCACCCUCAAUAAGUUGAAUAUACUCAACAAUUGUGAUGCACUAAUAGCAUAUUCUGUCUGACUAAUUAUAGAUUUCUGUGGUGUUACUGA